AUGUCGUCGUCUUACAUUGCAUGCAUUCUCCGGCGAAGAUUUCACCGUCAGCCUACAACUAGCUGCAGACUACUGUCGACGGCGACGCCGAAGUUGAAGAAUGAGAAGAACCGCAGAAUUGAGAAGAUACUCAUAGCUAACAGGGGUGAGAUCGCAUGUAGGAUCAUGAAAACCGCGAAACGAUUAGGCAUACGAACUGUUGCCGUUUACAGCGAUGCCGAUAAGGGUAGUUUGCACGUGAAGUCCGCCGACGAAGCCGUUCGUAUCGGUCCACCGCCGGCUCGGCUCAGCUACCUCAACGCUUCCUCGAUCAUUGAAGCUGCCACCAAAACUGGCGCUCAGGCUAUCCACCCAGGUUAUGGUUUCUUAUCAGAAAGUGCUGACUUUGCUCAACAUUGUGAAGACGAGGGUUUCACUUUUAUUGGACCUCCUGCAUCUGCGAUUCGAGACAUGGGGGAUAAAAGUGCUUCAAAGAGAAUAAUGGGUGCUGCUGGUGUUCCCCUUGUGCCUGGAUACCAUGGUCAAGAACAAGAUAUUGACCUUAUGAAGUUAGAAGCAGAGAAGAUAGGAUAUCCUGUUAUAAUAAAGCCCACACACGGUGGUGGAGGAAAGGGUAUGAGGAUUGUACAGAAGCCUAAUGAAUUUGUGGACUCAUUCCUGGGAGCACAACGUGAAGCUGCAGCUUCAUUUGGCAAUGAUGCCAUAUUACUUGAGAAAUACAUUACAAAGCCCAGACAUAUAGAAGUUCAGAUUUUCGGGGACAAACUUGGUGAUGUUAUUUACCUCUAUGAGAGAGACUGCAGUGUUCAGAGAAGGCACCAAAAGAUUAUAGAAGAAGCUCCUGCACCAAACAUCAGUAGUGAUUUCCGUUCUCACUUGGGUCAAGCAGCUGUAGCUGCUGCCAAGGCAGUUAAUUAUUACAAUGCCGGAACAGUGGAGUUUAUAGUUGACACCCUUACAGGAGAAUUUUACUUUAUGGAGAUGAACACCCGUCUUCAGGUGGAACAUCCUGUUACAGAGAUGGUUGUGAGACAAGACCUCGUUGAAUGGCAAAUACGUGUGGCAAAUGGAGAACCACUUCCGAUUGGCCAAUUACAAGUUCCCCUUGCAGGUCAUGCUUUUGAAGCUCGUAUAUAUGCCGAAAAUGUUCCAAAAGGAUUUCUUCCUGCAACCGGGGUUCUACAUCAUUAUAGGCCUGUUCAAGUUUCACCAGAAGUCCGAGUUGAAACCGGUGUUGAGCAAGGGGAUACUGUGUCUGUUCACUAUGAUCCUAUGAUUGCGAAACUUGUUGUAUGGGGAGAAGAUCGUGAUUCUGCUCUAAUCAAAAUGAAGGAUUGCUUGUCUAAGUUUCAGGUAGCAGGUUUGCCUACUAAUAUUGAUUUUCUCUCACAACUUGCAAAUCACGAGGCUUUCAGAAAUGGUCUUCUUGAAACCCAUUUCAUUGAGCAUCACAAAGAUGAUCUAUUCCUUGAUCCAAGCAAUUCUACAUUAGCACAAGAAGCAUAUAACACUGCGGUACAGAGUGCAUCUAUUCUAGCUGCUUGUAUUUCUCAAAGGGAUUAUGCUUCAGCAGAAAAGAGUACUCCUGGGAAACUCUCUGUAUGGUAUUCUUAUCCUCCUUUCAGAAUGCAUCAUUUUUCCCGGCAGAUGAUGGAAUUGGAAUGGGAUGAUGAAUACAGCCGAAUUACAAAGUUAAUAAAGGUUUUCAUCACUUAUAAGCCAGAUGGAAAGUAUGUCAUUGAGACCGAGGGUAGCGAGCUGCCUGGACUUGAGAUUGAGGUAGUGGACUUGGGCAGCUGCAAUUACAGAGUUGAAGUUAGUGGCGCAAGCACAAAAGUUAAUGUUGCUGUUUAUUCAAAGGAUGGAAGUGAGUACUUUCACAUAUGGCAUAGUACACAUCAUCAUCAAUUUAAACGGAAUAAGAGAAUUGUCCUCUCCGAGGAUGAUGACAAACCACACAAGCCUGCCAAGGAAAUGACAUCUCAUCCUCCUGGAGCUGUCGUUGCCCCCAUGGCCGGCUUGGUGGUUAAAGUUUUAGUGAAGGAAGGGGACAAAGUAGAGGAAAGGCAACCAAUAAUUGUAUUAGAAGCAAUGAAGAUGGAGCAUGUUGUGAAGGCACCAACUGGUGGUUAUGUUAGUGGUCUUAAGUUCACCCCUGGCCAACAGGUUUUCGAUGGAAAUGCUCUCUUCACUAUCAAGGUUAAUCGAAGUGUUGUUUAG